ACGGUGUGGGUAAAACGGUCCUUUUCCAAGAUUGGAUACAGCUCCCAGAACAUUGCGGGUGCUGAUCAAUGAAAACGACACUGUUUUGAGUUGGUCACACGCCAAACUCUACAGCAACGUUUUAUCGUCCAUCCCGAGCCCAAAUCAGGCGCAGAGUCGAGCGUGACGAUCAAAACGCUCCAGUGCCGGCGACGCCAUUUCCUCUCGACGACUUGUACCGCAGUCAGACGCAUGCGUGUUGCGCUUUAACCGGCUCUCUCUUUUCCUCCGAGCGCGAGCGCCUGCCGUUAACGUUUUCUAGCCGCUUGCGGGAGACCCAAUGAGGGGAAAGAAGAAGAAGCGAACAGAGGCCGCCGCGGUGGCGGCGACAGCAGCGGCCCGACUCCCGCGUCCAGAUGGAGCGCAGCCCGUUGGCGAGAAGAAAAACCAGAGCCUGCGGCCGGCGGCUGCCAAACCCAGCGCUAAGGAGGGUAAAGUUAAAACAGGUCCAAAGACAUAUAGUUUUAGCACAACCACCUCUAACGAAUUGAAUACUGCUGGGAAUUUGGAUAGAUCCAUUCCUAAGGUCGUGAUUAAACCAGACCUGGAACAAAGGAUUAUAAGACUGAUUAACCAAUUCAAAACAGAACAAGGCAAAUCGGGAACCAUCUCUGGAAGGCUCACAGCUAAAAAACUGCAGGAUCUAUAUGUAGCUUUGCAAGGAUUUUCAUUUCGUGCAGAGGACAUUGAAGAAGCCAUGAAGAAUACUGUCAUCUUUGGCGGAGAUCUUCAUUCUGCUUUAGACUGGUUGUGUUUAAACCUUCCUGAUGAUUCAUUACCUGAUGGAUUCAAGCAGAAACUGCAGGAGGAAGAAACCAAGACCAAGCCCAAAUUGCAGAUGCCUGUGAAAGCUGAAAUAAAUUAUGAAAAAUCUGAGGGUCGAAAGGGUGAUGAUAAACUUCAAACCAAGGCUGCUGAAAGUGGAAACAGACAGGUUAGCAUGAAGGAAUGGAUUUUACAAUAUGCUGAAAAUGCAAGUAGUAGUGGAGAUGAUGACAAUGAUGACCAGGACAAUGAAUUACCUGAAAAAACUUGUGAAAAGGAAGAACGCUUUGAUCCGAAUGAGCUUUACUUGGAGCUGACAGCAAAGCUAGUUGAUGUCAAAGAACGGGCUCUAUCCUUUAAACAGAAUAAUAACAAACCAGCUCACAAAGAAGCAGGUGAAAGAAUAAAGAUACUACAACAGGAGAUUAAACAGUUGGAGAAGCAUCCUGCUUUUGAUCCUUCAGUCAAGAUGGUAGACUUGAAGAAGAAUGACAAAAGCUCAUCUGAACAUCCUGAUGAUAAGCACGAAGCUGCCCUUAACCUAAGCUUGCUAGAAGAAUCAACACCAAAAUUAAAAGAGAAAUCAAGAAAUGAACCAAAGGAUAUACGGAACUUCGACUACACUUCACGAAGUUGGACAGGGAAGUCUCCCAAGCAAUUUCUGAUUGAUUGGUGCCGGAAAAAUCUCCCUACUAGUCCAGCUCCUAACUAUCGCAAAAUCCCUGUGGGUAGAUUCUGGAAGUGUAGUGUAAGAGUAAACAGGCAGAAAGAUGGAAUGCUGGAAGUAUGUCCCACCAUUCUCACAGAGGAUGCCAUGCAAGCCCAACAUCUGGCAUCUACAUUGGCCCUGUGGCAUUUAGUAAGAGGACAGGCCGUACAUCAGUUGCUCCCACCUACAUAUCGAGAUGUGUGGAUUGAAUGGAGUGAAGCUGAGAAGAAGAAAACUGAAACAAGGCAGAUGGAAAAGAAUAAACCACGAGACCAAUUUAUUACCAAAUUGUUACACACACUAAAACAGAAACCAUCCACUUGUGUUUCAUCAACAGCAGACGAUCCAGAAGAUUCCUGGGAGAAUUUGAUAACUGAGGAUGACUUCAAAAGCUUAUCUGUUGCUAAGGAUAGGGAAGAUAAUCUAAACACUGCAAAGAAUAUUUUAAAAAACUUGCAAUGUUCUCUCAAGUUUCAGAAACUUCUAAAAGAGAGGCAACUAUUACCUGUUUUUCAACACAGAACACAAAUUCUUGAAACUCUGAAAAGGCAUCGUGUGGUGGUUGUUGCAGGUGAAACAGGCAGUGGGAAGAGCACACAAAUACCUCAGUUCAUUUUGGAUGAUUUACUAUCAAAUGACACUGCACAAUGCAAUAUUAUUUGUACCCAACCGCGAAGGAUUUCAGCAGUGAGUCUGGCAACACGGGUUUGUGAAGAACUGGGUUGUGAAGAAGGUCCUGGGGGAAAGAACUCUCUUUGUGGUUAUCAAAUCAGACUGGAAUCAAAAAUUGGAGAAUUGUGUAAGCUUUUGUACUGCACUACUGGUGUUCUUCUGCGGAAACUGCAGCACGAUGCAUUUCUCACAAAUGUGUCUCAUGUCAUUGUUGAUGAGGUUCAUGAGAGAAGUGUACAAUCAGAUUUUCUGUUAAUCAUAUUGAAGGAGCUAAUGCAAAAACGUUCAAAUAUGAACCUAAUUUUGAUGAGUGCAACUGUGGACAGUGAUAAAUUUGCUCGGUACUUUGGACAUUGUCCUGUUAUCAAUAUCCCUGGAAGAAUUUAUCCAGUUCAGGUUUAUCAUUUGGAAGAGGUGGUGGAAGAAACUGGCUACGUUUUGGAAAAGGAUUCUGAAUACUGCCAGCGAUUUUUGGAGGAGGAAGAAGAAAUUAACCUGACGGUCACUGGCAAAGGAGGAAAAACCUUCCAGCAUCAGGAAUAUCUUGUUAAAGGGGCAAGGCCUGAGAAUAGUUUGGUACUUGACCUUGACAAAUACAGUAGUCGGACUUGUCAUGCUAUUCAGUGCAUGCAUCCAACUAAAAUAAACAUGGAUCUCAUCUUAGAUCUCAUUAACUUCUUGGAUAAAAGUGCACCGUUCAGAGCAGUUGAUGGUGCAGUGUUAGUUUUCUUACCGGGCCUGGCUCAUAUUCAACAACUAUAUGAUCUUCUAACAACGGACAAAAGGUUCCAUGACAGAAAAAGGUACAAAGUAAUUGCUUUGCACUCCAUUCUUUCAUCUCAAGAUCAAGCUGCAGCUUUCACAGUCCCACCACAAGGGGUCAGAAAGAUUGUUCUGGCGACAAACAUUGCAGAAACAGGCAUCACAAUACCUGAUGUUGUUUUUGUCAUUGAUACUGGAAAGACUAAGGAGAACAGGUAUCAUGAAAGUAGCCAAAUGAGCUCACUUGUGGAGACCUUCAUCAGCAAAGCCAAUGCUCUUCAGAGACAGGGUCGAGCUGGCCGUAUCAGAGAGGGGUUCUGUUUUCGUUUAUAUACCCAAGAAAGGUAUGACAAUUUCAUAGAUUAUUCUGUCCCAGAAAUCCUACGAGUGCCACUGGAAGAACUUUGUCUUCAUAUCAUGAAAUGCAAUCAUGGAUCUCCAGAAGAUUUUCUUGCCAGAGCUUUAGAUCCACCACAACUCCAGGUCAUUAGUAACGCUAUGAAUUUGCUGAGGAAAAUUGGAGCCUGUGAAAUCACUGAAGCUAAACUCACUCCAUUAGGCCAGCAUCUUGCUGCCCUUCCAGUAAAUGUGAGAAUUGGGAAGAUGUUGAUAUUUGGUGCCAUUUUUGAUUGCUUAGAACCUGUGGCAACCAUAGCUGCAGCCAUGGCUGAGAAAUCUCCCUUUAUUACGCCAAUAAAUGGGAAAGAAGAAGCUAACCUUGCCAAAGCAGCUCUGGCAUUGGCUAAUUCGGAUCACCUGACUGUUUACAAUGCGUAUUUAGGAUGGAAGAAUGUACGUUCAGAUGGCUAUCGUGCCGAAAUGACUUACUGCAAGAAACACUUCCUGAGUCGGACUACACUUCUAACGAUGGAGGAAAUUAAACAAGAGCUCAUCAAGCUGAUGGAGGCAGCAGGUUUUGUGCCAUCAAGAACCAGAGGAAUUACACAUCAAAGUUGCAGCAAAGGACCUUUGGUAGAGCACCCAAAGAAGAGCUUAACAGAUAAGGAGGUCCCUCUACUAAAAGCUGUAUUAACAGCAGGACUGUAUGAUAAUAUUGGGAAGAUUAUUUACACACCAUCAGUGGAUAUUACUGACAAGGUGAUCUGUUGCGUAGAAACUGCUCAAGGUAAAGCACAACUACACCCUUCAUCUGUCAACAGAGAUCUGCAGACAAAUGGUUUGCUACUAUAUAAGGAGAAGGUGAAAUAUGGCAGAAUAUAUGUGCAAGAGACAACACUGACUUCACCUUUCCCAGUGUUGCUGUUUGGUGGUGCUAUUGAAGUGAUGCACCGUGAGAGAUUACUUUCAGUUGAUGGCUGGAUACAUUUCCAGGCUCCUGUCAGGACAGGAAUCAUUUUUAAGGAGCUGAGAUCCUUGAUUGAGUCUGUUCUACUGAAGAAACUUGAAGAUCCAAAAAUAACAAUUGAAGAUGACGAGAUAAUACGGAUAAUUAUGGAACUGAUCAAGACUGAGCAUUGCUGAGUGAAAUUAAGAUUCUGGAAGGAAAAUAAAUGAAGACUUCUAUAGGAUGGUAUGAUAAAUAUCAAAGGAUUUGAAAAGGUUGAUGAGGUCCUACAGGACUGGAAGGAACUGAAAGUAAAUGUACUUAAAAAUGACACGAAAACUGACUGUGGCAUCUUAGCCCAUCAGCGAUGACUAAAAUAAUGAGGUAUAAUGUGGAGGAAUGCUGUAGAAGAACUAAAACCAGCCAGAUUGCUUUUGGAAGGAAAUAUGCUGUUCUGCAUUUGUUUGGAAAAAGUUCCAGAUCACAUAAAUAGAUGAUCACCUCUGACAGUUCAGUUAAACUCAAAUUCUCAAUAAAGGUUUGCAUAACAAACUUUUGGGUAAAAACUCGAUGAAUCCAGAAUUAAGCGUAGGACUACGUGUGGAACAAUGGAGAAAGAAAUGUAUGAUGUGUCAGGUCCCACUGCAGAUUAGCACAUGAACAUUUAACAGUUGUAUAUAAGAUCUGUUUUAGAAAUUACUCUUAAGAAGCAAAUGCUGUAUGAGCACUGUGCACUGCCAUUAUCAUUUAUAUCUUUGAAAUAUAUUUUUGUUUUGCAUGACUUUUUAAUACUUGAAAUUAUGUAAAGGUUAUUGAGGAAAAGCUAGCAUUUUCCCAAUGAUGCAGAAUUAGAACAGAGAACAAUACAGCACAGAACAGGCCCUUUGGCCCUCGAUGUUGCACUGACCUGUGAACUAAUCUAAGCCCUCACCCCCCCCCCCCCCCCACACUAUCCCAUCAUUAUCCAUAUGCUUAUCCAUGGACUGUUUAAAUGCCCCUCAUGUGGCUGAGUUAACUACAUUGGCAGGCAGGGUGCUCCACGCCCUUACCACUCUCUGAGUAAAGAACCUGCCUCUGACAUCUGUCUUAAAUCUAUCACCCCUCAAUUUGCAGCUAUGCCCCCUUGUAUAAGCUGAAGUCAUCAUCCUCAGAAAAAGACUCUCACUGUCCACCCUAUCUAAUCCUCUGAUCAUCUUGUAUGUCUCUAUUAAAUCCCCUCUUAGCCUCCUUCUCUCCAAUGAGAACAGACCCAAGUCCGUCAGCCUUUCUUCAUAGGGCCGGCGUUCCAGACCAGGCAACAUCCUGGUAAAUCUCCUCUACACCUUCUCCAAUGCUUCCACAUCCUUCCUGUAAUAGGGCGACCAGAACUGCACUCAAUGUUCCACGUGAGGCCCCACUAGCGUUUUGUACAGUUACAGCAUGACAUCACGGCUCUGGAACUCGAUCCCUCUACCAGUAAAACCUAAAACACCGUAAGCCUUCUUAACAGCACUAUCAACUUGGGUGGCAACUUUUAGGGAUCUAUGUACAUGGACACCAAGAUCCCUCUGCACAUCUACACUACCAAGAAUCUUUCCAUUGACCCGGUAUUCUGCCUUCCUAUUAUUCCUCCCAAAGUGAAUCACCUCACAUUUAUCCGUAUUGAACUCCAUUUGCCACCUUUCGGCCCAAUUCUGCAGUUUAUCCAAGUCUCCCUGCAACCUGCAACAUUCUUCCACACUGUCCACCACUCCACCAACUUUAGUGACAUCUGCAAACUUACUAACCCAUCCAUCAAUGCCUGCGUCCGAGUCAUUUAUAAAAAUGACAAACAGCAGUGGUCCCAAAACAGAUACUUGAGGCACAUCACUAGUAACCGGACUCCAGGCUGAAUAUUUUCCAUCAACCACCACUUGUUGCCUUCUUACAGAAAACCAGUUUCUAAUCCAAACUAAAUCUCCCUCAAUCCCGUGCCUCUGUAUUUUCUCCAAUAGCCUACCAUGUGGAACCUUAUCGAAGGCUUUACUGAAGUCCAUGUACACCACGUCAACUGCCCUACCCUCAUCCACAUGCUUGGCCACCUUCUCAAAAAACUCAGAGGUUUGUGAGACACGAUCUGCCCUUGACGAAUCCAUGCUGACUGUCUCCAAUCAAAUUGUUGCUUGCUAGAUGAUGAUAAAUCCUAUCUCUUAUAACCCUUUCCAAAAUUUUUCCUACAACAGAUGUAAGGCUCACAGGUCUAUAAUUACCUGGGUCAUCCCUACUGCCCUUCUUGAACAAGGGCACAACAUUUGCAAUCCUCCAGUCCUCUGGUACUAAACCAGUAGACAAUGAGGACUCAAAGAUCAAGGCCAAAGGCUCCGCCACCACCUCCCUAGCUUCCCAGACAAUCCUCGGAAAAAUCCCAUCUGGCCCAGGGGACUUAUCUACCUUUGCACCUUCUAGGAUUGAUAACACUUCCUCCUUACUAACCUUAAUCCUUUCAAUUCUUGUAGUCCGUAACUCAGUCAUCUCCUCUACAAUGUUCUCCUGUUCCUCAGUGAAAACAGAUGAGAAAUAAUCAUUUAGCUCCUCUCCAAUCUCCACAGGGUCCACACACAACUUCCCACUUCUGUCUUUGACUGGCACAACUUCCCACUUCUGUCUUUGACUGGCUAAAUUGUGCAAAAAAACUUAGCAAUUAUAACUAAAACAGUAUAAACAAAAAACUGCAGGUGCUGGAGAUAUGAAACACAAAUGGAUAUUGCUGGAGAAACUCAGCAGGUCUGGAAGCAUUUGUGGGGACAAAACAGAUUUAACGUUUCAAACCCAGUGAUCCUUCAUCAGAAUUCAAUGAUGAGUCUGAUAGAGAUGUUAACUCUGUAUUCUCCCAUCAGCUACUGCCAAUUCAAUUGUUAGGAUAUUUUGUAAAGUUGUAAAAACGUUGUAGAGUUUAUUCAGUUAUGCCAUCUUUCUAUUAGAUUUGAUUUAUUUAGUUAUUUAUUCCCAUUUUAGUUACUUAUUCCCUGUUAUUUUAGUACCGAGUAUUAAAUACAACAACUGGCUAAGUUUCAUUUUAGUUAAUGUUGUCUUAAAUUGAUUGUUUUUGACAUUAGGACUUUGCUUUUACUUUUUCACUUCAUGUGCAAAAUGCAGGUUGAAGAGGUAAUUAGGGAAUAAAAGUAUGUUGAUACAGGAGAUGGUCAGAAGUCAACACCAGGCUGUAGUCCAACAGGGUUAUUUGAAAUCACAAGCUUUUGGAGUGCAGCACCUUUGUCAGGUACUUUGAAAGCUUGUAUUUUCAGAUAAACCUCUUGGACUAUAACCCGGUGACAUAUGACAUAAGACAUAGGAGUGGAAGUAUGACCAUUCAGCCCAUCAAGUCCACUCCGCCAUUUAAAUCAUGGCUGAUGGGCAUUCCACUUCCCUGCACUCUCCCCGUAGCCCUUGAUACCUUCUGAGAUCAAGAAUUUGUCGAUCUCUGCCUUGAAGGCAUCCAACGUCCCGGUCUCCACUGCACUCCAUGGCAAUGAAUUCCACAAGCCCAGCACACUCUGGCUGAAGAAAUGUCGUCUCAUUUCAAUUUUAAAUUACCCCCUCUAAUUUUAAGGCUGUGCCCACGGGUCCUAGACUUCUGACCUUAUCCAACCCAGUCCAACACUGCGAGUCCACACAAAGAAGAGCAGGCAUCUCAAAUGUUUUUGGAAAUAGUUGUGUAUUGCACGUUUUCUCUUUCUACAGGUAGUAAAGUUGCUGAGGCUUUCUACUGUCUUAUGUUGCUGUCAUGUGUUUUGCGCGUAUGCAUUGUGUUGUAAUGUCACUUUUAAAUCCUGACUAAACCAUAAUGCUUUAUGAAUGGUGCCUGCAAUAGAAAACCUGAAGUGUUCCAGCAGAUGUAGUUAGAAAGAAAACGGGUUAGUGUAAUAAAUGAUGUUCUUGUGUUUUACUUCAAUCGUAAACUGUAAAAAUGAAGUCCUUUCUGUGGAUCAUCCUGGCCAAGAAUAGAUUUCAUGGGAUUAAUUGGUUGUUUUUGGGUAAUGUGCCAUUUUUGUACAGAACUCCAAAUGGAGAUCAUCACGAAAUCCAUGCAUGUUAAUCCUAGAUGAGGACGUCAUUCCAUUUUGGCAUUGUUGGCUUAUUACUUGUUGCUGUUAUUGCUGCUGAUGGAUUUGAGACCAUGAUGUAUUAUGAAUGUUUUACUUGAUUAGAGUAGCUUUUUGUGGGAUUGGAUUGCCUGUUCUGUUGUCAUUUUUUUCCCCUGAGGGUAGUCAGUUUGUGAAAUUCUUUACCAUAGAAGACAGUCGAAGCUUCGUUGAUUAGUAUUUUCAAGGCUGAGAUAAAGUUGGCAUCUCAGAGCUGAGAUGGAUGCUUCUGUCCUUGGUUUGCUGCUGUGUUCCAGCAAAACUCAACACAAGCUGGAGGAGAGCACCUCCUUUCCACAUAGGCACUUUACAGCCUCUAAAACACUGUUGAGUUCCACAGCUAGUGUUUUGUUAUAAUCAUUUGUGGGACGUGGGCGUCACUGGCUAGCCAACAUUUCUUGCCCAUCCCUGGUUGCCCUUGAGAAGGUGAUUGUGACUGCCUUCUUGAACCACUGCAGUUCUCCUCCUGUGGCUUGACCCACAACACUAAUGGGCCGGGUUUGGGAGGUGGGGAGGAGACUUGGUGGAUUUCCAGGAUUUUGAGCAGCCUGCUUGAUUGGCACUAUAUCCAAGAGCGGCAGUGAAGGAAUGGUGAUAUAUUUCCAAGUAAGGAUGGUGAGUGGCUUGGUGGGGAGCUUGGAAGCGAUGGUGUUCCCAUAAGUCUGCUGCCCAUGUUUUUCUAGAUGGAAGUGGUCGUGGGUAUGCAAGGUGCUGUCUGAGGAUCUGUGGUGAAUUUCUGCAGUGCAUCUUGUAAAUAGUACACACCACUGCUACUGAGCGUUGGUGGUGGAGGGAGUGGAUGCUUGUGGAUAUAGUGCAAAUCAAGUGGGCUGCUUUGACUUAGAUGGUGUCAAGAUUCUUGUGUCGUUGGGGCUACACUCAUCCAUGCAAGUGGGGAGUAUUCCAUCAAACUCCUGAUUUCUGCCUUGUAGAUGGUUGACAGGCUUUGAGGAGUCAAGAGGUGAGUUACUUACCACAGUAUUCUUAGCUUCUGGCUAGUUCUUGUGGCUAUUGUUUUAUGUGAUGAGUCUAGUUAAAUCUCUGGGCAAUGAUAAGACUUAAGAUGUUGAUAGUUGGGGGAAAUUCAGUGAUGGUAAUACCAUUGAAUGUCAGUGGGCGGCGGUUAGAUUGUCUGUCUCUUAUUGGUGAUGGUCAUAGCCUGGUAUUUUUGUGGCGUGAAUGUCACUUGCCGCUUAUUAGUCCAAGCCUGGAUAUUGUCCAGAUCUUGUUGCAUUUGAACAUGGACUGCUUCAGUAUCUGAGGAGUCAGGAAUGGUGCUGAAUAUUGUGCAAUCAUUUGCAAAUAUCUCCGCUGUUCACCUUAUGAUAGAGGGAAAGUUAUUUUAUGAAGCAGCUGAAGAUGAUUGGGCCUGUUACCCUCCGAGGUCCUGGAGCUGAGAUGACUGAUCUCUAACAACCAUGACCAUCUUCCUAUGUGUCAAUUAUGACUCCAACCACUGGAGAGUUUGCCCCCUGAUACCCAUUGAUUCCAGUUUUGCUUGGGAUUCUUGAUGCCGAACUCUGUUGAAUACAGGCUUGAUACCAAGGGCUGUCAUUCUCACCUCAGCUGAGUGACUCUAGCAGAAUCCAAAUUGGGCAUCACCAAGUAGGCUAUUUGUGAGCAGGUGCUGCUUGAUAGCACUGUUGGUGAUACCUUACAUCACUUUACAGGUGAUUGAGAGUAGACUGAGGGGGCAGUAUUUGGCUUAGUUUGAUUUUUGUCCGGCAUUUUAUGUACGGGACAUACUUGGGCAAUUUUCCACAUUGUUGGAACGCUUGAAGGGUCACCAAACCCGAAACGUUACCUCUGUUUUUUCCUUCACAGAUGCUGCCAAACCUGCUGAUCUUUUCCAGCAACUUUGUCUUUGUUUCUGAUUUACAGAAUCCACAGUUCUUUUGUUUUUUUAUAACUGUACUGGAACAGCUUGGCUAAGAGAGCAGCAAGUUUUGGAUCACAAGUCUUCAGUACUAUUGCUGGAAUGUUGCCUUUGCAGCAUCCAAUGUCUCCAACCAUUUCUUGAUAUCACGUGGAGUGAAUCGAAUUAGCUGAAGACUGGUGUCUGUGAUGUUGGAGGCUAUUGGAGGAGGUGGAGAUGGAUCAUCCACUUGGCACUUCUGCCUGAAGAUUGCUGUGAAUACUUCAGCCUUAUCUUUUGCACUGAUGUUCUGGGCUGUUCCAUCAUUGAGGAUGGGAUAUUUGUGGAGCCAACUGUUCCAAUGAGUUGUUUAAUGUCUAUCACAUUCAUGACUGGAUGUGGCAGGACCGCAGAGGUUAGAUCGAAUCCAUUGGUUGUGGGAUUGCUUUGCCCUGUCUGUCAUUUGCUGCUUUCACUGUUUGGCAUGUAAGUAGCCCUGUUUGGUGGCUUCACCAGGUUGAUAUCACAUCUUCAGGAAUGCCUGGUACUGCUCCUGGCAUGCCCUCCUGCAGUGUCCCCUGGAUCAAUGGUAAUGGUUGAGUGGGGAAUAUGUUGGGCCAUGAGGUUACACAUUGUGCUGGAGUACAGUUCUAUUGCUGUUGAUGGUCAUAGCACCUCGUGAAUGCCCAGUCUUGAGUUGCUAGAUCAAUUUAGCAUGGUGAUCGUGCCAUACAACACGAUGAAAGUUAUUCUCAAUGUGAAGGCGAGACUUGGUCUCCAGAAGGACUGUGUGAUGGUCACUCUUACCGAUAAUGUCCUGGUCAGAUGCAACUGCAGCUGGCAGAUUAGUAAGGAUGAAAUCAAGUAUGUUUUUCCCUCUUGUUGGUUCCCUCACCAUCUGCCGAAGACCCAGUCUAGCAGCUAUGUCCUUUAGGACCUGACCAGCUCGAUCAGUAGUACUGCUGCCGAGCCACUCUUGGUGGAUAUUGACCUCUGUAUUCCAUUGUUGUGGCGUUCCCCACCUUCCACGACGUGGGUAGCUUUGCUUUCAGCAGAGUGGGACCUAUUUUCUCCUUUGCAGAGCUAACAUUUAUACCUCUUACAUCUGACAGUCCUUUACCACCAUUAUCACUGACUUUGUUCACUUUGUCCGCUUACCAUUUUUUCCACUUGCUCCUCCUCUGCCACUGACGUUACAACCAUCAUUUUCCAGUUUCUUUUAGUUCUGAGGAAGAGUUAUACUGGACUUGAAGCAUUAACUCUGUUCCUAGCUCCACAGUUGCAGCUGGACCUGCUGAGUUUCUCUGAUUACUUCCUGUUUUUAAUUCAGGUUUCCAGCAUACAUUGUAUUUUGCUUUUCUAGUUAGAUUGUUAAUCACUCAGAGAAUUGGAGGUUGGGAAAUGGUGGGAAAAUGGAGUUCAACUUGUUGAAUGGCGGAGCACACUUGAUAGUCUUGAAUGGCCUGUUUCUGCUUCGACAGGUUAUGUUCGAAAGGGGGAGUAGAUUUAUGAAUCCCUCUUUAACUUCUCAGAUCAAAAAUCAUACUUUUCAUGUUUAAAAAGGAGAUUGAGAGUUGGUGCAGUGUGCUAUACGAGCAUGAGUAAACCAUGUUGCACUGAUGUGUGACAUAAAUGAUGCUCAGUGUGGUCUAUGCAUCAAAUACCAUUGGAACGUUGGUGCUGAUUAUUUUUAAUGUGUUUUGAGCACUACUUAGUAGACUUCUGUUUAAAAUCUUGUAUUUCUAUUUUGAAACUUAUUAUGAAGACAACUCGAUGUAUUUGUAUGAUUCCAGCUGAUGUUAAGAUCGGGCAAGUCACAUCCUAAAAUGAAGCUCUGAAUGGUUUGCUGUAAUUGUUUUUUUAAACUAUGGAGGUCCGAUACUGAACACAUUCAUCAGAGCCUUCAGCAUACUUUAUAAUAAAGAAUAAAAUAUUUACAAAAUAAGAAAAGCAUGAACUAUAUUAUACUAAACAAAUAGUUUGGCAAGAUC